CCGCUGGAGGCGCUGCUGAGUAACACCAGGGAGGGGAGACGAUGAUGGACCGUGGGUUUUCUCCCGAAUAGCAGAGCGACUCUGUAACUUUUCACUUUCUCCUCGAUACGUUUUUUCUCUCCAUAACAACCCUGGGAGAGUGUGUGUGUGUGAGUGUGUGAGAGAGAGUGUGUGAGAGAGGCGUUUAAUAGCGACCUGAGCAUUCAGACCCGAACUGUAAGGCCCCCAUGAAACACGGCUUUAAUGGUAAUGCAUGCACGGAAACAACCGAGACUCACUGAUGGGUGCAACGAGCGCAGGGAUUUCCAGUCUUACCAGACCCUCAAGUACCAAUCCAAAAGUCAUACUGCAAACGAGCACCGGCAUGACAAGCUCCAAAACUCCUCGGACCAAACCCCACCGAGCAAGAUGCUGCGGCGCUCCGACAGUCCCGACGCCAAGCGAGGAGACGGAGAACACGGGAGAACGCCUCAUGCACAGCGACCCAAAGAGAGCAGCACCAGUUCUUCUCCACAUGAGAACUCUGUCAAUCACGGCCAUCACAGCGCCAACUCUCACUCACUUCCACCCAAAUGUGCAGAAAUGCGUGAUCCGUCUGACGACUGGUCCGAGCACAUCAGCUCCUCGGGAAAGAAAUACUACUACAACUGCAGGACAGAGGUGUCCCAGUGGGAGAAGCCAAAGGAAUGGCUGGAGAGGGAGCAGCGACAGAAGGACGCGCCUAAGACCGUCGUGGUCAACAGUUUUCCCAAAGACAGAGAUUACAGACAGGAGACCAUGCAGGCGGCCGCUGCCAGUUCAGUCACUGCUAUGAAGCCUGCUCCCUCAGAGAAAGCAUCAUCUCAUUGCAGUUUCUCCCAGGCGUCCUGCAGUACCUCUGGCCCCCCGACGGUCUCGAGCGCUCCCAGUUCGUCCACGUCGUCCUCGUCACACUCGUCAGCUCUCCUGCAGGACCCGGCGCUCCUCAGGCAGCUGCUUCCGGCGCUCCAGGCCACGCUGCACAUCAACAACUCCAGCGUGGACAUGGCCAAGAUCAACGAGGUCCUCACAGCUGCUGUCACCCAAGCUUCCUUACAGUCUAUGCUUCAUAAACUUCUCACUGCUGGACCGUCUGCUUUCAACAUCACUGCUCUGCUUUCCCAAGCUGCUCAGUUGUCCACACAAGCUCAGCAGCCAAGCCAGUCGCCCGUAUCCGUGACUCCCGAUGCCUCAUCGCCGAAGUCUUGCCUCGUCUCUCCGCGAGUGAGCACGCCGCAGACGAACAGCAUGGCCUCGAAACCCCUCUCGAACCCCAACUCUCUGUCGACUCAAAUCAAGGUCAGUGAUUCGGCAGUGAAAUCAGUGCUUCAGCACUCCUCGGACAAAACCUCAGACCUCGAGGAUCCGCGGCUUCAAAGGCAAAACAGCCAAGCUCAUCAGAGUUCAGGGCCUAACGGGUGUCUGGUGAAUAACAGCUUACCCGCGUGUCCUCCAACAACCUUCAGCCCGUCGCUAGCACUGCACUUCAACGAGAAUCUCAUUCGGCAUGUUCAGAGCUGGCCUUCAGAUCACGUAGAGAAGCAGGCGGCGAGGUUACGGGAAGAAGUUCACACCAUGGGCAGCAUGAACAUGUCCGAGAUCUGCGUGGAGCUGAAAAAGCUGCGCUCUCUGGUGCGAGUGUGUGAGAUCCAGGCUACACUGAGAGAGCAAAGGAUCCUCUUUUUGAGACAAGAGAUCAAGGAGCUGGAAAAACUGAAGAACCAGAACUCCUUCAUGGUUUGAGAAGCUCUGAUGUCGGUUUAAGUAGAAGGAACUCAGCAGCUGGCUGCCUUUUUCUGAACCGUGGACCUACAGACUGGCUGGGCUUUCUCUCCAAAGCUGGAGAACCAAAAAAAGAAAUAAAUAAACAAAAGAAUCCGAUAAAAAAAAAAAAAAAAAAAGCUCACCACGGGUCGCACCGUUCGCUACACGAAGCCCCCGAGGUUCAUUCAUAGAUUCAUCGUUGUACAUACACUUCUCUAUAUCGAGUCAAUAAGCAGCAACAGCAACGCAAACACAAUAGGGCGGAGUUCGUGGAUGAGAAGUGGUCCGUGUAGGACGAUAAGGAAAAGGGUUGAGGAGGAGGAACUCUGGAAUAUACCGCGCUAUUCAUUCGCUCCGUAACUUCUUUUUCCUUUCACUCCAGGUCUCGCAGGCUCUAGUCGUUUAGGAUUUUUAAUUUUAUUGUAUUUUAAUUUUAUUUUUUUGUUACAGUGCGCGUGCAUCCGGAAGGAGGGCGCGGUCCUGGAAACGUGUUCCUAAAUACACAGCCGUGUUUAUCUGUUCAGAUCCCGUCUGAUAGCUCGUCAUGUUUAACGUGCUUCAAAAUGGCCUCGACGUGUUCCACUCUUUUCUUUUUUUUUUUUUUUUUUUUUUUACUUGUGUAACGUCAUCUGAGGUCAAAUCUUUUCUCUUUCUAUGUGCUUUAAGGGCAACGUCUAUACAAUCCUGCGUUUUGGCCCCGAUUUUCUCACAGUGGUUUUUGUUUUGUUGUUUCCCCUCCCCCCCACACACACAUUCGGGCGUUCGUUAUGAUUCACGACAGCAUUUGCACUAACUGAUUUGAUAUGAACCCACUUUCUGUAUCGAUCUUUAACCCGACUUAUCCGCUGUAAGUACUUAACGAGGCUCAAUCCAUUAAACCUCAUUUUGCCUCUG